AUGGUAAUAAUUGCAUAUUUUCAUAAUUUUUAUUAAGUACAUCAUAUUAUACUAUCACAAAAAUUAAAUAGAAGACUAAAUAAUUUUUUUUAAAGAUUUAAUUAAAAGAAUAAUUUUAUUCUAUCAACUUAAAUACAUUUUUUGCAAUACAGCAAAAAAGAAAUAAUUUAAAUUAAAACUAAAAAGAAUUCAACAAAGAUAUUAAUUGAUUUGGAAUAAAAAAAUAAAUCUAAAUAAGAAAAAUUGAAUAUUUAUAGUUAGCUGAGUUGUAGAAAAUAAAUAUAAAAGAUUAAAAUAGUUUAUUUAGAAUUUCCUAUUUGA